AUGGUGGCCGAUCGACUGCUGGUGCUGUUGUGGUCCGCCCAGCUGGCCCUGGUCGGAGGGCUCAUCGACUCGCAGUUCAGGCCGUCUGGACUGCGCCGCUCGGCAGCUGCCCGCCGGCUGGCAGCGGCAGCUCCGUCCAACAGCUCGGUACCCGCUGCUGCCGUGUCGGAGGUGCCUCACCGGGCCGGGAGGAAGCGCAGGCAGACGCUGGCCGUGCCAGAGGGGUCCGUGAUCGGCGUCAUCCCAAAGUUCGGCUGGCUGCUCUACCAGGGCGAGGAUGACGAGGAGCUGGACUUUGUGGUGGAGACGGAGUUUCUGUACCGGUUUCCGGGCAGCACCGAGUCGGAGGUGGGUGAGACGCGCUCGGACGGACCCUUCUACGACUCGGGAUUCGACUACGACGCCUGGCUGGCGCACCGCCGCCAGAAGCGCAUGGUGCGCGACAAAAAGGCCGUCUACAAGAGCGUCUCCGGCAUCUUUAGCAGGCUGGGGCUGGAAGGCAAGUCGUGUUUGCUGAAGACCAUUUGCGAGAUCACUGGCAGCCCGCUGCUGCACGACGGCCUGAUCGGCGAGCUGCUCAACAUGGCGCUCAUUGCUCCCUGUCUGGUGGUGUUCUCUGGUCUGCCCCCUGACCAGUGCUCCCUGUCCGGCGGUGUUACAGACCGAGUCACACGUGACGGCGCGCCGGACGAGCUGGACGAGUACCGAGAGGCGGAGCGGCUGGGGGCGUCCGGCCGCAGCUGCCAGGCCGCCUUCAGCCAAUGUCCCGUGUCGCUAUUUAAACAGAUGCACGCCUGA